GAUGGAGCGGCGGGCGGGCUGUCGGCUUGGGCCAUGGAUGCUGUUACUGCUGCUGUUCCCGGUGCAGGGCCGCCAGAAGGAGUCAGAUACCCGAUGGCCCAGGUAGAGGAGCAGACUUGACUCAAGCCCCGACAAGUUACACAAAGAAUCCUUCUUGGCAUUUCGUUUCCACUACUGGGAAAGGAAGGGGAUUUCUACAAGUGUUGGUCUUCUGUUGCUUCUGCCUGCUGCUUGCAAAUAGGAAUGCCAAGGGUAUUUUGUUAACUCUCAUUUCCUUCACUUUUUGAAGGCUCAAAAUGGAAAGUAUUUAUUGACCAAAUUAACAGGGCUUUGGAGAAUUAUGAACCCUGUUCAAGUCAAAACUGCAGCUGCUACCACGGCGUCAUAGAAGAGGACCUCGCUCCUUUCCGAGGUGGGAUCUCCAGGAAGAUGAUGGCCGAGGUAGUCCGACGGAAGCUAGGAACCCAUUACCAGAUCAUUAAGAAGCGAUUAUACCGGGAAGAUGACUGCAUGUUUCCCUCCAGGUGUAGUGGUGUCGAACACUUUAUUUUGGAAGUGAUUCAGCGCCUCCCAGACAUGGAAAUGGUAAUCAAUGUUCGGGACUAUCCUCAGGUUCCUAAGUGGAUGGAGCCAACCAUCCCUGUCUUCUCCUUCAGUAAGACUUCGGAGUACCAUGAUAUCAUGUAUCCUGCAUGGACAUUUUGGGAAGGGGGACCUGCUGUGUGGCCACUUUAUCCUACAGGUCUUGGACGGUGGGACCUCUUCAGAGAAGAUCUGGUAAGGUCAGCAGCACAGUGGCCAUGGGAAAAGAAAAAUUCUACAGCAUAUUUUCGAGGAUCAAGGACAAGCCCCGAAAGAGAUCCUCUCAUUCUUCUGUCUCGGAAAGAUCCCAAACUGGUUGAUGCAGAAUACACCAAAAACCAGGCCUGGAAAUCUAUGAAAGAUACCUUGGGGAAGCCAGCUGCUAAGGAUGUUCAUCUGAUAGAUCACUGCAAGUACAAGUAUCUGUUUAAUUUUCGAGGUGUAGCUGCAAGUUUCCGGUUCAAACAUCUCUUCUUGUGUGGUUCGCUGGUCUUCCAUGUUGGUGAUGAGUGGGUGGAAUUCUUCUACCCACAGCUAAAGCCAUGGGUUCACUACAUCCCAGUCAAAACAGACCUCUCCAAUGUCCAGGAGCUGUUGCAGUUUGUAAAAGCAAAUGAUGAUAUUGCUCAGGAAAUUGCUAACAGGGGAAGCCAGUUCAUCAAAAACCAUUUGCAGAUGGAUGACAUCACCUGUUACUGGGAGAACCUCUUGACUGAAUACUCCAAAUUUCUGUCCUAUAAUGUAACAAAAAGGAAAGAUUAUUAUCAGAUCACUCCCAGACUUUUGAAAACUGAACUGUAGUAGUCAUCAGAGGACUGGAAUCCUGACAGUGGAUCUGGGAUGCUCUGUGGUGAAAUACCAUGGGUGUGACACCUAUAUUUUGAACACCUUUGGUCAAACCAAACAUCCAGUUUUCCUUAUCAUGUUAUAUCUGGAGGGACUCUUGAGAAAGAUCUAAAAUGUGUUUAAUGAACAGAAAUGAAACAGCUCAGCUCUUUGAAAUCAUGAACUAAGGAUUUGGAACGACAUUCUAACUUUCAUUUUCUUAGGAUCAAUCACAGCUUGUGCCUCAGGUCAUCUACAUGUAUCAUCACUGUGAAAUUGAGUGGGUCUAGGCCCUUUGUCCUGUUAUUUGGAGCAGACCAUCCAUCCUUCGGUGCAGUUCAUAUCUGCAACUCUGAAGUCAUUCUAGGCUUGAUGUCUGUUGCUUUAUUUUAAUGUAGAAAUCCUCUGGGCUUUGAAAAGCCCCACGGUGAUCAUUUCCAGAAGCAUCUAAGGACGUAGUGGCUGUGCCGUGCGGCGCUGUUGGAGUUCUCUUUUGUAGAGCCUAACUUCUUUGGCACUCAGGAGGCUUCUCUAAUGCUUCAUUUGCAUGAGUAACUUUUGCAGGUGGAUUUCAAGUGCCCAUUUUGUGCCUUCGUGUCCUUUUUAUUCUCUCUCUGAAAGAGAGAGAUAAAGAGAGAAAUUUCUUAAUACAUUUAGGAAGCAGUCUUGGUUAAAACAAAACAAUGUCCCUGUAAUACUAGCACUUCUGAAGUAGAGGCAGGAGGAGGAGUUCAUGGUCACCCUCGGCUACACGAGAGUUCAAGGGCAGCCUGGCUACCUACAUGAGGUCCUGCCUUAUAAACUCUAACUCACCUUUUGCACACCUUUGAUUUUGCCUUCUUAAAUUAGUAGCAGCAGGACCAUCUCAAUUUGCAGAGACCAUAAUCUUCAUAUGUGAACACAUCAUAAAGUGGCAGUUUAUAGAGCAUUUAAUUUUCAUUUUUUACUCCCAUAGGGGAUAUUUUAGUGUAAAUCAUUAUUGGAGUACUUCCUUAUUCUGAGAAAGAUAUACAGACAGUUUAUUUCAAGUUACAGCUCCAACAUCACCUUUCUGAACCUCAUUCUUGGCAGUUAGGGACUAUUUUUACAAUCUGCUCAUGCCUGUAUUAUGUGCUAUCUCACUGCGUUGUGGUUACUGGCUAUUUCUUUCAUUGUUCUGUAAGCUUAUUGAUGGUGAGAAUGAUGUUUCACUGCUCUUGAUGUCUCCAUUAUCCAGCACAGUGCCUCACAGAAUAAUUACUGAAGAACUAUUGGGGGGAUGGGUGAGUAGGGGGUGGAUUGAUACAUUUACUUGGCUUAACUAAAUUCUAUUUUUAAACUGCUCAGUUACUGGCUGAGGGGAUGAGAUGCAUUGUAAGAAAUGGAUCAAUACAGAUCCUCACUUGCCCUCUCAAGUAGCAAGGGGUAUCUUUGUUUUAAAAACAAGUUACUCAGAUUUUAUACUUACCUGUGUACCUCAGUGUAGAUGGUAUGAGAAUGACGUGUAACACCAUGGAAAGUGUAUGCUUUUGAAAAUAGUUUGUGUGCUCACACUUCUGAAGAUUUUGUUAUUAUUCAUACUAGCUCAGUCCAAACUUACCAUUUGCUCCUCAAAAAAUUCAUUCUCUCUACUGUGGAAAAGGUUACUGUUGUUUUCAAUAUAACCAAAUAUAGUAUGUUUUCUAAGA